AAACGACAUCACCGUCAAUCCUCAAGAUUCGUCAAAAUGCCGUUCGUCAAGAACAUCAAGACCUCUGCGUACUUCAGUCGAUACCAGGUCAAGUACCGCCGUCGUCGCGAGGGAAAGACCGACUACUACGCCCGCAAGCGCUUGACUUCUCAGGCCAAGAACAAGUACAACGCGCCCAAGUACCGCCUGGUUGUCCGUUUCUCCAACCGCUACUGCACCGUGCAGAUCAUUUCUGCUCGCAUUCAGGGAGAUGUUGUCCUGACUCAAGCUAGCUCCAAGGAGCUGCCCCGAUACGGCAUCAAGCAUGGCUUGAGCAACUGGACUGCAGCAUACGCUACCGGUCUCCUUGUCGCUCGUCGUGCCCUGACCAUCCUCGGUCUUGCGGACAAGUACGAGGGUGUCACUGAGCCUGAUGGUUCCCUCACCCUCACCGAGCCUCUCGGUGACGAUGAGCCUCGCCCAUUCAAGUGCUUCUUGGACGUCGGAUUGAAGAGGACGUCGACCGGUGCUCGAGUCUUCGGUGCUCUUAAGGGCGCAUCAGAUGGCGGUCUCUACAUCCCUCACAGCGAGAAGCGUUUCCCCGGCUACGACCCCGAGAGCAAGGAGCUCGACACCGACCUCCUCUCUGGUUACAUUCGUGGAUCUCACGUCUCGGACUUCAUGGAGUCGCUCGAAGAGGAAGAUGAGGAGAGGCACAAGAAGCAGUUCGCGCGUUACCUUGCAGAUGACAUUGAGAGUGAUGCGUUGGAGGGUAUCUACGAGGAGGCUUACGAGAAGAUUCGUGAGGACCCCGUGUAUCACCCUACUGAGAAGACCAAGGACUGGAAGGCCGAGUCCAAGAAGUACAAGCAGACCAAGCUUACCUACCAGCAACGCAAGCAGAAGAUCGCCGACAAGAUCGCUGCUUUCAAGGCUGGUCAGGCCAUCUGAAGCAAGUCUGCUUGCUGCUCACCUUUUCACACUUCCCCUGUCCCCUUUUCCCUCCACGUGCAUCUCCACUCUGACCAUCGACGUCAUCACUUGUACUCAUCCCAAAAAACUUUGAUAUGUGGACGUCCUCGAUCCCACCAUAUGCGCAAGCAAUCCAUGUCCGACCAACAGGUCAUUCUGGUA